AUGGAUACACUGAGCAGUUGCUAUCGGCUCAAAGAACGAUGCCUGCAGAACAACUACUAUCAGGUCAAAGAACGAUACCUUCAGAACAACUACUAUCAGAUCAAAGAACGAUACCAGCAGAAUCACUACUAUCAGCUCAAAGAACGAUACAAGAAGAGCACCUACUAUCAGGUCAAAGAACGAUACCAGCAGAACAAUUAUUAUCAGGUCAAAGAACGAUACCUGCAGAACAACUACUAUCAGAUCAAAGAACGAUACCAGCAGAACAACUACUAUCAGCUCAAAGAACGAUACAGGAAGAGCACCUACUAUCAGGUCAAAGAACGAUACCAGCGGAGCAAUUAUUAUCAGGUCAAAGAACGAUACCUGCAGAACAACUACUAUCAGCUCAAAGAACGAUACCAGCACAACAACUACUAUCAGCUCAAAGAACGAUACAGGAAGAGCACCUACUAUCAGGUCAAAGAACGAUACCAGAGGAGCAAUUAUUAUCAGGUCAAAGAACGAUACCGGCAGAACAACUACUAUCAGCUCAAAGAACGAUACCGGCAGAACAAUUGCUUUCAGCUCAAAGAACGAUACCAGCAGAGCAACUACUAUCAGGUCAAAGAACAAGACCUGCAGAACAACUACUAUCAGCUCACAGAACGAUACCGGCAGAGCAACUACUAUCAGGUCAAAGAACAAUACCGGAAGAGCUCCUACUAUCAGAUCAAAGAACGAUACCAGCAGAGCAACUACUACUAG